AAUCUGACAGCAAAAAAUUGGCUGUCUUUUAAACCCAAAGAACUAUCGUUUUCUGAUGGUGUCGUGGUGGUAUGGCAUCAGCCCUUUUCUCCAGAACGUUCUCGGCUGCUGGUCACCGCUUGGUCUCUCCCUCCCUGUCUUUCCUUCUUCCGCAGAAGACCACCUCUAAUCUCGCGUUCAUUUUGAAUUCAAGAGCAUUCUAUUCACAACGAGGCUCCACCUUUACGACCUAUAAAUCAUUUGCUUGGGCUGGUCGAGUUAUGGCUUCUGCAGGAGUUGGGCAAAAAGCUGGUUACUCGACGUCAUCCAUAACUUCCAAUGAACCUGUUGUUUCUGUUGAUUGGCUCCAUUCUAAUCUUAGAGAACCUGAUUUGAAGGUAUUGGAUGCUUCGUGGUACAUGCCAGAGGAGCAAAGGAAUCCUAUCCAAGAGUAUCAGGUUGCUCAUAUUCCUGGUGCUCUCUUCUUUGAUUUGGAUGGAAUAUCAGACCGAACAACAAACUUGCCCCACAUGUUGCCAUCUGAAGAAGCUUUUGCCGCUGCUUGUUCUGCUCUUGGAAUCGAUAACAACGAUGGAGUUGUUGUUUACGAUGGGAAGGGGAUCUUUAGUGCUGCUCGUGUAUGGUGGCAGUUCCGAGUGUUUGGGCAUGACAAAGUAUGGGUACUUGAUGGUGGCCUACCAAGAUGGCGUGCUUCAGGUUACGAUGUUGAAUCCAGUGCUUCUGGUGAUGCCAUUCUGAAGGCCAGUGCAGCAAGUGAGGCUAUUGAAAAAAUUUACCAAGGGCAAACUGUCCAUCCAAUUACCUUCAAGACAAAUUUCCAGUCUCAUCUGGUGUGGACACUUGAUCAGGUCAGGAAAAAUAUGGAGGAGAAGACUUACCAACACAUAGAUGCCCGGUCCAGAGGCAGGUUUGAUGGUACUGCUCCGGAACCUCGUAAGGGAUUAAGGAGCGGUCAUAUCCCUGGCAGCAAGUCUGUUCCCUUUCCCCAGAUGCUGGAUUCUUCACAAACACUAUUACCAGCUGAAGAGCUUAAGAAACAAUUUGAACAAGAAGGUGUCUCAUUGGACCGUCCUAUAGUAGCAUCAUAUGGAACUGGUGUAACAGCAUGCAUUCUGGCACUGGGGCUUCACCGUCUGGGAAAAACCAACGUGCCAAUCUAUGACGGGUCCUGGACAGAAUGGGCAUCACAACCCGAGUUUCCCGUGGUGGAUGCUUCAUCAAAUCCAUGAAAAGCAACAGGAUGCCAGGCUUUCUGAUACAUGUAAUAUGAAACUUGUUGAGGAGACAAUGAAGUUUGCUUGGUUCAAUCCAGAUUCUGUGUAUCUAAGACAUUUUGGGUUUUGGUUCCAUCUGUGUUUGAACAAUGCCUUAACCAGCAACAUUUGUCUGUU